AUGUCCGAACGUGAUGCUGCCAGCGCCACCCCUGCUGCCGAGACCGAGGCACCAUCGUCGAAUGGAGAGUACCGAGUGUCCACCAUCGGGGAAGCUGUGGGGGGCGGCGAAGACGGAGGGGCAGGGGACGAGUUCGCCGGAGCGGACGAGAUCACGGGGUCGAUGUGCAUGGUCUGCGGCGGCGACGGCACGACGCGGAUGCUCACAACGAAGAUCCCCUUCUUUCGGGAAGUUAUCCUCAGCUCCUUCGAGUGCGACGAUUGCCACUGCAGGAACAACGAGGUGAUAUUUGGAGGCGAGCUGCAGGAAAAAGGGUGCAUCUUCGAGCUCACGGUCAACAACGCCAAAGACCUCAACAGACAGGUGAUCAAGUCGGACUUCGCCACGGUAACGUUCCGCGAGAUGGAGUUCCAGAUCCCGCCGAGGCAGCGGGGGGAGGUCACCACGAUUGAGGGGCUGCUGAGGACGGCCGCCGAGAAGCUUGGGGAGGCGCAAGAUCUCCGCAUGGAAAGGUCGCCCGAGGUCGGGGCCCAGAUCGCCGGGGUCAUCGCGCGGCUGACGCUCAUGAGCACCGGAAUGGACUCCGAGCUUCCGUUCACCAUGGUGGUGGAAGAUCCGUCCGGCAACUCCUUCGUCGAAAAUCCUUCCGCGCCGAACAAAGACCCCGCCCUUAAGACGUCACACUUCACGCGCACGGCCCAGCAGGACAUGUCUCUGGGUUUGCAACCGUCCAACGAGGCGUUGGCAGCGGGAACCGUGGACGCUAGCUCCGUGGCGAGGCCCGCGCCGCGCGAGAUGGAGGGGACCGCGGCUCUGAUGGCCAGGGUCAUGAACAAGGACACAUGA